UCAGCUGCCUUACUAAAACAGGGAAGCCCAUAAAAUUUCACAGCUGGAGAAGGAAAAGCCAUAAAAGUGUGGAAAUGGAACUCAAAUAGACCAAGGAAUAUAACAGUAUCAGGAUGAGUGCGGAGGAACAGGCAAAUCUGCUGCAAGUACUAAUUAAUUGCGCAGAGAAGGCGGCAAACAUUGCCAGGACAUGUCGCUCCAACGAGGAACUCCUUGGAUUGUUAGUGCAGGAAAAGAAGGGAUCAGAGGCCAACGAGCGGUUUGAACAUGACUUCAAGACCCUGGCCGAUGUCCUUAUCCAAGAGACAAUCAAGCACGAGGUGGGAUCUCUAUUUCCCGCCAUGCAGGAUGCUAUUCUAGGCGAGGAAUCCCCGAAUUUCACCAAUCAACUGGGCGAAAGUGUCACAAUAGCAGUGGGUUUAAGUGAGGAGGAGACUGCCUUUUGUCUCCAAGCUGUUCUCAGCGGCCAUGAAGGUGCUGCCAGUGCUUUGGCUAAAGAAGUCCACAAGGAUGUCAGCUUUAACAGCGAAAAGCUGGGCGAGAUCCCUCAACUGCCGGAGGAACUGGACUAUGGCAAUCUGGGCAUCUGGAUUGAUCCCAUUGAUGCCACCGCCGAGUACAUUUCCGGCGAUACCAUGUUUACUGAUUUUCCCGGAAUUACAUCCACUGGACUGGAUUGUGUCACCGUACUGAUUGGUGUCUACGAACGGGACACUGGAGUGCCGGUAAUCGGGGUAGUCGCCCAGCCAUUUGGAGAGAAGUUGGAGGAGAACGUGUACAGCUCCUCGAUGUUCUGGGGUGUUUCUCUGUCAACGUUACAGGCUCAUAAUUGCGAUUUCGAGGCACGGGAUGAAAACCGACGGUUAGGAAUCUUCUCCAGCUCGGAGCAAUCCGAUAUCCUACAGCGCUUUCUCGAUCUAGGCUACGAGUUUGCCUUUUCUGCUGGUGCUGGUCAUAAGGCCUUAAAGGUGAUCACACACGAGGUGGAUGUAUAUCUGCUUAGUAAAGGAUCAACCUUCAAGUGGGACACAUGUGCUCCUCAAGCCAUUCUACGGGCACUCGGUGGAGAUGUCUUAGACUAUACAGCCAGUGUGGCGGAGCAGAAGGCAGUAGCCUUAAAGUACCUAAUAGAGGAUAAUGAAUCUGACACUGAUUGGAAGCGAAAUGCAGGUGGCAUUAUCUCUGUACGCAAUGUCAAUGUUGUGGACGAGUUGCUAGCGAAACUGGCGGAGCAAUGAAUGCUGUUGUUAUUGUUGUAAUCUCAUUAUUGUUGUUGUAAUUGAUUCGAUAUAUGUGGCUUCAGGAGUGAGUCGAAUAAUAAUUAUAUUAUUUACUA